GAUAGAUAGAGAAUGUAAGAAAUGUUAAUGUAUAUUUAAUUGUCUUAAAAUGGAAUAAUCAAAAGGUGUUGAGCUUUGUGGCUUUGGAAAGUCUCGUAGGUCACUAAGGUUCUUAAAACAUUUUUUGUUUCAACCUGGAAGGCAUAAGUAAACAGUAUACAAAUUUCAACAUACAAACUAUUCAGAUGGGAAGGUUGGAAUCGUUUAUGUUAUUUAUCCUCAAAACUUAAAGGAUGCUAAUAAGUGGUCUCUACCGAUGUCCCGUGACAAAUUAGAGGUUUUCACCUGAAAUUUCAGAUACCUUUUUUUUCUCACGUUGCUCUCCCUCAUUUGCAAAAGACUGCACACUCUGCUCUUCCUCACUAAAAAUGCAACAACCUGCAUGUAAAUUUUUCCUCUGGAAAAGGGCAAAGACAUACCAGAGGAAGAGUGGCACUUGAAUUCAGAAACUGAACAACCCCAGUGUGGUCCCAGGAACAGCAAGUCCAACAAUGUCCCCUGGAAGCUUCCGGCAAUAGGGGCUCUUAGCUGCACAGGAAAGAUGGAGCCACCCUGCCCAGAGGUGCAGAUAAGAGGCUGUGGGGCGUCUCCUCGGUUCUCUGUGAGGAGUCAGUCAAAGAAGCACUGCGAGAACCAGGAGAAUCUUCUCCACUCUGACCAGCAAGCCCCAGACCGCAUCUCUACGUCUCCCACUUACAGGAGAUUAAGGGGCAAUGUCUGUGGAGCGGUCACACUGCUGCCUCAGCAAGAGACCUAGGAAGUGCUCACCUGGAAGGAGCCUGGAAGCCAGCAGGAGCCAGCAGUCUCUCCAUGUUACCUCUCCAAGAGUCUGCCUGGAAGCCCAAAGAAUUCUUCACAUUCUCUAUCGCCCUUGAGACUCCAACCAAGAUUCCCUCCAGAUCCCCAAAGGUCCUCAACACAACUGGCUCAUUUGAACCCCUUCUCCUAUCUACGGCCAUACCACCCUGAACACAUCCAUCUUAUCGUGUCUGUAUUUGAGAAGCAGGUAGGCUGUGUCAGAAACCAGCUCUGGAUUUUCAGCAUGGUCCCCAGGGAUGCGCCGGUGGGCUUGCCAUUCUUCCCGGGGAUGAAGAGCCUCUGUGACAUUUCUAUGAGAGCUGCGGUGCCUGUCCCUAUGCCAGCUGCUAAACUUCCCAUAGUUAAUCCCCCUAGGAGCAGUGCUACGGUGAGGGAAACUGGUUCUCUCCGGAAUCUGCCGCCGGGUACCAUCGGAGUCCCCAUGUAUAGCCCGUCUGCCAUCCGAGAGCCCGUUUUCCUGAAUCUUUCUAGGGCCUUGGUGAGCGCUAUCAGCUCGGCCUUUUGUGCAGACGUGCCAGGAGCACUUGGGCCCCCGUUUCGGAGAAGUGUAUCUGGGCUCCAAGCUUGGUUAGGAGGUCUCGUCCCAGAAGGGGGUACGGGCAUUCGGGUACCACCAGAAAGGAGUGUGUCACCGUCCCUUGCCCUAAGUCAACCGUGCGGCGUGUACCUGGAGUUGCUGGGCAUUUGCACAAGCAUUGCCUCUUCCCCCUGGGCUGUAUUGCGACUUCCAUUCCACAAGGACAGUAGCCUGAAAAGCUGCCCACACCACGGACCUUUGAAUCUUCAGUGGAAGAUAGAAGAAGGAGACGUUCUGGUACCAGAAAGGAGACAAGAUUAUUCCAGCAACUAUGGGACUAGUCCCUUGGGAUAUGACUCCCCUGGGGCAACACAACUCAGGAUUAGAGUGGUUGUGUUUGGGUUUCUGGAUGCUGUGUGGGGUGGAGAGGGAGGGGAGGUGGAUAGGCCGGCCAGCCCAAGAGGGCUGCAAAGUCUGGGUCAGCACAGGUUCUAUGAGCAUAGGCAGGGUUUUGCGGUGCUCAACUUCCCUGGACUUGAGGUGUUUCCGGGGAACAUUCCGGUGUCAGAUGUAGCUGCAGAUUACCUGUGCCACCCCCUUCUGCUACCGAAAUCAGAAUCCAAAAAGCCAAGAUGGUGUUUCUCCCAGAGAGGCACGGAGAGUGGCAAAGACAAAUACAGGCACAUACCUGACCUGGAGAACUGCCUGUCCUCAGUGAGAAUUACAGACUUCAGGGACUGUGAGUUCCACUGCCUCCUGGAUAAAACCUGGAAUGAAAUCAUGGAAACAUAUCAAAAACUUCCUACCAAUUAAUUAGACUUGAGAAAGCAGCAAGUGGCCGUGUUGGAAGUCUUCACGGGUGAAUGCAUUGAUUUCUUGGACCAUUUUAUCAUAAUGUGCAUUGCAUUUUCUAAAAAGAUCUUCAUGAAUACACUAAAAUAUCUACAAACUCAUGAAUAUCUUCUGGAUGUAGAUUUAUAGAGACUUUUUGCAAACCUAGAAGAGUUAAGUCAGACAAGCUUCGAUUUUGUAAACAGUGUUUUUGGCAUCAUCAAGGACUAUGCUGAGCCUUCUGAGACCUCACUACUGAUGGAUUUCAUCUCCAUGCUCACAAAGUUCUUCUUCUAACGAGGCAGCCUCUGUCAGAGUCACCAGACCUACUGCCUGAAUUACUUAGUCACUGUCUUUUAUCUUGAGAGCCUGAGGCAAAGAGAUGACUUUGGAAUUUAUUUAAAGUGGUGUGAGCAAAAUGAACAGUGAGGACGGCUCCACCUGCCUGAGCUGCUGGUGGCCCCACUGGACAGGUGGGGUGACUCGACCUUGUUGCUGAAGAAUGUCUGGAAAUGGAGUAGAGACUCUAUGGAGAAAAUCAUGAUCUACAGCAUCAAGGAAAAGAUGGAAAGGUCACGGCUCUCGGAAACAUGGAUUCGAGUGGGAGUGCAUUGUAAAUCAAACACGCAAAACAAUGGACUCCAGUCACAUCCUGGCAGACCCGAUGAGAACUCCCACGCCAAGUUUGUGCAGGACGUGGCUCUGUCUCCAAGGCGUUCAGAAGUGAGUUCAGGGAUCCUUGAAGGAAAAGUGAAGUGGCUUGACAAUUGCCAAAAAUGUAGACAUCUACGGAAGAUUAUUGUGUGGCCUCUACUGUGGGAUAGAAACAAAAAGUUUCUCUCCUUGUUUUGCCUGAAACAUAUUUUUAAAGAACACAUGGCAGAAAACAUCUUGUCACCAACCACCAGACACCUUUUCUAUGAAGGAAAAUUAACUCUUGCAGAAAGCACAAGAUUCCUGGGUGUUUAUCUGUUUCUCUUUGAUGAUUUCCUCUUAGUUGUGAAAACUAAUUGCAACAAAAAGAAACUUGGAGGUUCAGGCACUGGUUUAAUGUGUCCUUUGCUUACUGCUGAGCCGUGAACAGUAAUAAAAGAGGGUGGUUCGUGUAUGGUACUUGAUCAGCCCAUUCCACUAGACCGAUUGGUGGUCAAAAGUAUGGAUCCACUCCACGUGUCUGCGUUUGGGCUGAGAAAUGCUUUCCUUGUACAACAUGAAAACAGACAUCGACGGUGUGUAGCAAUGUUCUUAUUCCAAACCCAAAGAGAAAAUAUCAAAAAAACAUGGAUGACACAAAUAACAGCAGCAAUAUCUUGCUUCACCAAGAACCAGGAAACCAAGAAGAUAUCUUUAUUUACGUCACCUGCAGAAUCCUCUGAAAUGUAG